CUCAAAUCUUCUCAAUCCAUCUUCUCAUCUUCAAACACUCUUUAAGCCACCCCUUACCUUUUCCUCAAACCACCAAACCCCAAUCAACAUGCGUUUCUCCCUCCUCCUCGCCGCCGCCUCGGCCACCAUUGUCGCCGCCCAGGUUGACCUCGGAGACGUCCAGAACUGCAGCGACCCCCAAGGCCUCAGUAACUGCGCUGCGCCCUACCUCAAGGACGUCCAGAACUGUGGCAACAGCGACAUCUCCUGCCUCUGCAAGGCCGCCACCGGCGGACAAGCAUGCUUCACAAAGUACUGCCCUGAAGUCACAUUCCCCUACUCGGCCGAGCUCCAGGCCGAGUGCGGCGGCAGCGGUAGUGGCAGCGGAAGUGGCAGCGGAAGUGGCACUGGAAGCAGCUCUGGCGAUACCAGCAGCGGCAGCGCCAGCUCAACCGGCUCCGGCGGCAGCGCCAGCUCGACCGAUGCUCCCACGAACGGUGACUCCAACUCGAACACAAACACCGCUCCCAAGUCCGGCGGUGGUGAUCCCGGUGCAGGAGCUUCCAUCUUCGCCCCCGCUGGCAGCCUCCUCGCUGCCAUCGUCGCUGUUGCGGCUAUGUUGUAAGCGGUGUAUUGGGAGAGAGUGUGAGGGACAGGGAAAGUGGGCUGCGCGUAUUGUUUUGGCGUCUGCGUCUGCUGGGGGGUUUUGAGACCCGUUGAGAUUAUAUGUUUUGUUUGUUGUAUUUUGGGAACAGAUACGGCUGCGGCCUGGGAAUUUGUAUAUCCGGAUGUGGGGGCUAGAGUAUAUAAGAUAAUAAUUUAAU